AAACUUGCCCGUUCAUACCAAAUAUUGUUCAAAAUUCCAUAAUUUCUAAUGAGCAAUAUACCGAAGAAAGUGAUGAGAGUCAUCUGUUUAAAGGGUGUAGUGAAGAUGAUGAAACAACUUUAUAUCUCGAUCAACACGAAGGAGAGUUCUCAGUCACGUGCCAAAGAUCCCCCACUUCAAUGCUUUUGGCGCAAAGAUCAAAAAAACGUUAUUGUAAUGAACCUUCGAUGAUAAUAUCGUCAUGUUGUGAAUCUAACGAAUAUACUCGUGAAUCAUUUUGUGGAAAUCAAUUGGUCAAAGAAUUCGUUAAAAAACUGGAUGAGAUUAAGUGUUGUGAUAACCAUGAGGCCGAAUUUGCAUAA